AGACAAGCGUCAUUUAGGAAGAGGUAGGGUAAAAGAAAGAGCUCCAGAUUCUAAAACCUGCCAUACAGUAUUUUAUUAUAUCUUUUUUUUUCCCCAGAGGAGAUCCCCGUCCUGUCACUUUAUUUACAGACGUGCUGUUACAGGCUGUCUUCCCAGAGGUCGCAGAAGAAGCUCAGACGCUGCUGUUCCUUCCCUCCCAAGUCCAGUGGUCUCCUUGGUAAUGGACUGCUUCUCUCUGAGCUGCUGGAUCACUUCUCGAUGGUAAAGGAGAAUGACGUACCAUGUCUGAGCAAGAGAAGAGUGUUCACUGAUUUCUCAUAGAUGGCGUUUCAACCAGAGGCUUUUGAUCGAGAGUCUCAGAUUUCACCCUGAAAUGUUCAGCUUCAAAAUAUUUAGAAAGAUACAGCGCAGCGCAGCAAGUUUUUGUACACAGCAGCGCGGGCUUCCACCCUGGUGAGACCGCCCAGGUCUAGUCUGUGAACUCAGCUAGGAGGCAUACUGUAAAAAUGACCGAAGAGCCCAUAAAGGAGAUCCUGGGAACCCCGAAGUCUCCCAAGCCAGUGGCAAUGGAGAAGAGCUCCAAUGGUGAAGUCAUGGUCACCAUGGUCCCCCUGGUCAAUGAGAUUCAGCUGACAGCCGCCACGGGGGGUGCUGAGCUCUCCUGUUACCGCUGCAUCAUCCCCUUCGCCGUGGUGGUCCUCAUCGCCGGGAUAGCGGUCACUGCCGUGGCUUACAGCUUCAAUUCCCAUGGCUCCAUCAUCUCCAUCUUAGGUCUGGUCCUUCUGUCAUUGGGACUUUUUUUGUUAGCCUCCAGCGCCCUGUGCUGGAAGGUGAGACAGAGGAGCAAGAAAGCCAAGAGGCGGGAGAGUCAGACGGCUCUCGUGGCAAAUCAGAGAAGCUUGUUUGCUUAGGACUGAAUGAGACCAAACGGGAUGUGUGGUCUGAAGGACCUGCUCUCACUCCGUCCGCCAGUGCACCCAGGACUGGUGUGGGAGAGGAUGGACUUGGCAUUGCCGCAGACCAGAGGCAUGGGGGUGGCCUGAGGGUGGAGGAUGGAUGGGGUUCUUGUCUGUGAGCAAUGACUCGUGUCUUCGAUGACAAACUUAACUCUGAGGGCUAUUUCUAAGACUGAAAAAUCAGUUUUUCCUCUACAUUAAACAUUUUAGGGGUCAUGGGAGGUGUGUGGCAUUAGACAACAUUUGGUUCACUUUGGAAAGUAGGCAAGAGAAGAUGAGUUCUGGCACACCAGCAACCUGCCUCCAAAAGAGAUAACUUACGCUAUUAGGAUGUUAUAUCAUAAAAAUGUUCUGCUGAGAGUCUAAACGGCCUUGAACUUUGCAUACUCCUGUGAAAUUCUGUGAUCAUUUUUUUUUUCCAAAAAGUUGAUUCUCUAGCAUCUGUUUUAUUUUUCACUUUCAGUAACUCAUCACUGGUGGUACUUUUCUUGAAGAAUAAACUAAUAUUUUUUUUUAUGUUUUAACAUUGGACAGUUUUUAGAUGAUCGUAAUGCUGUGUCAGAAGUUUAGAAAAAAAGGUAAAAUGUGUAGCUACUUGAUGACAUGCGGGGAUAAAUUAAUAUUAAAAUAAUCCAAUAUAGCACUUUUGAUGAUUUUUAUAUUAAAGUUUAAUGUACAUUUUAUUCAAAAUAAUAAAUACUCAUUGCUGCUGAAA